AUGGAGCUUGCUCUGUUCAGCACCAGAGUCGUCGUUAUCCUCCUCCUCCUAGCCCUUCACUCGCCCUGCAAGUUCAUCCAGAGCCCCGUGGACUUUGGACCGUUGAACUUCCUCCAGAACGUCAACACAGCCUCCGUCGACUUCGGGCGGAUCCUCUUCAACUCCCCUUCCGCCAUCCUCAGGCCGCAGUCCCCAAAGGACAUCUCCCUCCUUCUCAGCUCCCUCUCCGCAACCUCAUCCUACAGCAAGGCCACUGUGGCGGCCAGAGGAGCAGGUCACUCCAUCCAUGGACAGGCCCAGGCGCACGACGGCAUUGUCGUGGAGAUGGACUCCCUCCCGGCCAAUAUUGAAAUCUACCGGAAGGGGGACGAGGAGGGAGGCCUCUCUUACGCAGACGUCAGCGGCGGGACUCUCUGGAUUGAGCUACUGAAAGAGAGCCUGAAGGAGGGACUAGCACCGAGGUCCUGGACGGACUAUCUCUAUCUUAGCGUCGGUGGGACUCUCUCUAAUGCCGGAAUCAGUGGCCAGACCUUCAAGUACGGCCCACAGAUCAGUAAUGUUCUUCAACUGGAAGUGGUGACCGGUAAGAGAAGACCCACGUUUCGUCUUCAUCUUCGCUUUCGUCCUCUCCAUCACAGUGUCCGAUCCGAUCUGAUCCUCCAUAGGUACGGGAGUCCGCGUGACCUGCUCGCCCAGCGCAAACUCGGAGCUCUUCUACUCUGUUUUGGGCGGGCUCGGCCAAUUCGGCAUCAUUACCAGGGCUAGGAUCCUGCUGCAGGAUGCUCCCCAGAAGGUGAACCCCCAGAAUUUUCUAAUCAGAGGAAAGAACUUCCUCGAGUUCUUCCUUCCUCUCUUAAUACUCUCCGAGUCUUGCGGUCUUUUGGGAUGUUGAAGAACUAAGUGGGUCGAUGUUUCUCAGGUGAAAUGGGUCAGAGCCUUCUACGACGACUUUGAGAUCUUCAUCGAAGACCAGGAGUUGCUGGUUUCUAGGCCGGAGAUAGUGGACUAUGUGGAGGGAUUCGUGGUGCCGAACGAGGGAUCCCUCCUGAGCUCCUACGUCGCCUUCCCUGCUAAUCUGGAUUUCACCCUCCAGUUCCAAGGGCGGCGCCGCCAGGUCUACUACUGCCUGGAGUUCGCCAUCCACGACUAUGAGCAAACCGAGUCCGCAGCGGAUCAAGUAAGCUCUAAAUCCCAGCUUAAUUAUCCAGUUGCUCGAAAUUAGGGGAGCUGAGACUGAACUGAGGUCGUGGUGUUCUUCCAUUUUUUUCUGAAGGUGGCGGAGGUCACGAAGCGGCUGAGGCACAUGCCGGCGCUCAUCCACAGCGUGGAGGUUUCCUAUUUCGAUUUCCUCAACAGGGUGAGGAUGGAGGAGACCAACCUCAGGGGGAGGGGUCUGUGGGACGUCCCCCACCCUUGGCUCAACAUGUUCGUUCCCAAGCGAGGGAUCGCAAGGUUCCUGGACAUGCUCAUGGAGACCAUCUCUUCCGAGGACUUCGAAGGCCCCCUCCUCAUGUACCCCAUACUAAGGGACAAGUAAGAAACUCGAAAACCCCUUCCUCCCUUCCCCUCUAGAUCUAACCCCAUUAAUGGUGAUUUUAUUCUGCAUCAAACUCUCGUCUUUUCUCCCCUGAUGAAGAAACCCGAGGCCAUCGCCGACCUUUCGUGGGACCCCGGGGUCCCCCUAGCUUGCUGCUUGCAGCUGGGCUCGUGGUGUCAAGUCCUCUGUGCAGGAAACCGCUCGCCAGGCAAAUCCUUCAAUCUGGACCACCCAAACAAACGUUGACACCAUUAGUUGUUCGUAUCUUCCCAUCCUGCCUCACAGUCACCCCCUCCUCCCUCCUCCUCUCUCUCUCUCGCUCUCUCUCUCUCUCUCUCUCUCUCGAUCUGUCUUUCUGUCGUCAUCGAUAGACGAUGACCCGGCACAUCAGGCUGGCACUGGAAACAGGGCUACACUGUUUCUUCGAGAAAGCGGACAGGGUAUCCAACAGAGGAGGAAGCGUGGGCAAUAUUCGCAUCUGCGAAUAGAGCUUUCCUAUUUGGCUUCCGUUAACGAGGCUGCUUUCUUCUUCCCCUCCGUCGGGCUCCCUCCUGUUUCUCUCUCUAAAUCUGUCUGCAGUAGUGUGCGCUGCUGCCGCGAGGAGAUAUGUCUGGUCUGCAGUAGCAUCCAACGCCUUUACUGGAAAGGCUUUCUCUCUCUACCCCUCCCUGUCUUAUUGCCUGUGGAUUCAGUCAGUAUUUACUCUGAUCUCAUUCUCUUCCUUUCCUGUAUUCUUUUCUUUCCGGUUUACAAAGUCGCGGGCUGUAGCUUUUUGCUGCAGAGCUACACCACCUACGGACAUCGCGAGUUCGUGAGAAAAUUGAAAACCAGGGCACGUCGGUUAGCAUCGCGAUGCUGAUUUUAACCCCUCCCCCGUCUUCUCUCGCCACCACAGGUGGGAUUCCAACACAUCGGCGGUGCUGCCGGACGCCGACGCCUCACCGGCGACGGACAACGUGCUGUACACCGUCGGGGUCCUCCGCUCGGCCAAUCCCGCCACCUGCCCGGCGGAGUGCCUCCGCGAGAUACUCCGCCAGAACCGGCACAUCGUGCGCACCGCCACCGCCGUGGCCGGCGGCGGCUCGCCGCCGAUCGGGGCGAAGCAGUACCUGCCCUUCUACUCGGCGCAGGGCCAGUGGCAGGAGCACUUCGGGAGGAAGUGGCAGCGGUUCUCUGCGAGGAAGUCGCAGUUUGACCCCUUCAGCAUUCUCGCCCCGGGCCUUGGCAUCUUCCCCCGGAAGCUCUCCUCCCAGCGUGCUGUCUCCUUCCUCUCCGAAUGA